AUGAUGCGCCGUUUUUUUCGUUCAACAGCUUUUAAUGCGCCGUUUCGUGUUUGGUGGCCAAUGGGCCGGUGGGCAGUGCGGGGUGCGUCCACGUCUUCCAGCGCCGUGAAGGAAACAGCGAAGAUGUCUGGCUUUGAGUUUUCUACUCCGAACUUCUCCCUGGACGACGGGAUGGACGUGGAUGCGGAAAAUCUCGUGAAGGAUUUGGUGACAAGCCCCGUGACAGAACUAAACUUUGUGCGGGACAUGUACGGUCCGUGGCUGGUGCUGACGGAGGAGCUGCAGGGAGAGCUGUUCAUUGACCACGACCGCAUGGUGUACCUGCGGCCAGCGAAUGGUCUUGGCUUUGGCGUUGGCCGCAUCGAUGUGGCGGACUCUUCUCUCACCGGUAUCGCGUUUUCCCUACAGCUGGAGGCUUACACGUACCCUGUGACGAGCACCAUGCCUCCCUGCGAACCCAUCGCGCUCGAUGUGACCGGCUUCUUGAAGCGUGUGGAGUCCACUUCCGGGGACUACGCCACCUUCUCACUCGUCGCGACGUGGCGUAAGAAGGACGGUACAAGCGGCAAGUUCAACGCCGCAAAACUCUCCCCAUGGGACCCCGCCACAAGCGCAAAGCCGUGGGAGCCCAACGUGGAGCUGCAGGGAAUCUUCCAGCAGGUGUUUCCUCAGCCACUCGUGCUUACAUCGCAUUUAGCUCGGUUGAAGGCAGCGCGGGAAGCGAGCGGUGACACGGGGGGUGCUCACCCCCAUCACCUUUCACUGGAGCCUUAUCGCGUGGGCGAUAUUCCCAGCAUUUACUACAUCCCCAACUACAUUUCAGAGGAGGAGGAGCAGCAAAUGCUGCAACUUGUUCGAGAUACGCCAAAGGAACUGAAGACGCAGCUGAAGAAACGUGUUGUGCAAGAGUGGGGAUGUAUGAUGUGUGAAGUCUGUAACAAAAGCUUUGUUUCGGAUCGGAACAUACCGCCCUGGGUGGAUGCUUUUAAUGACGUAAUGCUUCAUGAUGGUAUCUUUACCCCGAGCACAUUCCCGAACAGCAUUCGUUUACACGAGUAUCAGCCCAGUGAAGGCAUCGGUGCCCACUGUGAUGGGCCCAUUUACUUUCCACUUGUUUCUAUCUUGUCUCUUAAUUCACCAUGUACAAUGUUCUUUUACUCACGACGGGAACCACAUGCGCAGCCGAUGGAGCAUUACAAUGACACAUUCCGCUUUGACACCGGAAUAGCCGUGGAGAAGCCUGUGCAGUGUGCCGUCUUGGAGCCUCGCUCUCUUUUGCUCUUCCGUGGGGAUGCGUAUUACUACCACCCACACGGCACUUCAGAUCGCGAGGUGGAUGACUUAUCACCUGAGGUUGCAGGCACCGUUGUUAACCGCCAUCUAUUGAAGGAUCCCAACGUCACGGAGGUAAAAAAGGGAUAUCGUGUGAGCAUCACAACGAGGAAUCUAUUGCCUCGUUGUAAUCAUCAGCCGUCACGUGCUGAGUACGGUAUGAAGCGAGCGUGGUAUGUGUACAAUCAGUUGCCGGUACCGGAACCACUCAUGACACCCGCUCCACUGCCGCCGCCAUCAACUUCCGCUUCCUCCACUUCUUCUCCAGCAACAGCAGCGGAGGCAAUGACAACGGCAGCAACAACGAGGGGAAUGCCGGAGGAUAAAAACACUCCAGUAGCCGCACCGAUGAAAGAGAGUUCAAGGACGAGCUUUUCGGAACUUGAAAAGAAGCUGGAUGCCUUACUCACUCAACAAACAACGCUUAUGCGGGAGGUUAGUGAGAUUCGCCGGCAGAUGGCAAUGGAGACGACGUUCCGUAAUGAAUUAUCGACGGUGCUUAACCACCUUUCCACCACGGUGCUGGACAUCGACAGCAGGCUAGACAGCAAGGAGGAUGAGUAUGAAAAAGACGAUAAGCAGUAG